GCCAGACGCUGCGCCCAAGCCCCAAGAAGAGGAAGUCAGACAGAAGGCAGGCUUGAGGCAGGUCGUGCAGAGCGAGAUAUGACUUCCUUUGAUCAGUUAGCGGCGGUCGAUCCUCUUCUGGCCAGAUUCAUUGAAGGAGAGACGCAGAAGCAACGUUUCCAGCUGCACUAGAAGAGCCAAGAAGAACUAAACUAAUAACAGGCCAGCAAAGCCCUGUACAGUUCAGUCAUGGAUGAGACUCCUGCCCCACAGCAGCAGCCAGAGGCGGCAGGGAAAGAGGCUCCAGCCUCCAAGGAGUUUCGGAAGCGUAAGAAGCGCCUCCUGCAACAGAUUGCAGACCAGAUGGAUUUCUACUUCAGUGCAGCAAACAUCACCAAGGAUCGCUUCAUGAGCAGUCUGCUUCGUGAUGGUCCGUACAUCGACUUACAAACGUUUUUUAAGUUCAACAAGAUCAGAUCCAUGACCAGUGACAUUACCUUUCUAAGGAAAGCUAUAAGCAAGUCCUCCCUGUUGGAGCUAUCAGAAGACGGCCUUCAGGUUAGGAGGAAGGCGGCUGUAGAAGUAAAAGAAAACGAGCUGCACUGUACCAUCUAUGUGGAAAACAUUCCUUCCAAUGCUGACCAUGACUGGGUGCGUCAGGUGUUUGGGGAAUAUGGAACCAUCGAUUACAUUUCUCUGCCUCGCUACCAUCGCUCAGGCAGACCUAAGGGUUUUGCUUUUGUAGAGUUCAAGGCUCCUGAAAUGGCAAACUCAGCUCUGGAAGCAUUUGGUGCCCUUGAAUGUAAAAUUCCUCCCACAACAGACCCUUCCGAACUGCAAAGCAUCAAGACAUUUGAAGGUAACACAGGGCAGCAUAUGGCAGGAGAGAGUCAUAUGGAACCUCACAGUGAUGACCAGAGUGUGGACAAGGAAAGUGAUGGUGGGAAGAACAUGGAAAUCUCUGUGGGAGAGGGAGAAAGUGUAAAGAAAAGGAAGCUAGAUAGUGUAAGUGAAGAAACAAAUGAGAAGAAAAGAAAAAAAAGUAAAGAAGAGAGUAAAUCCGAUGAUACAGCUGAACAGGGAGAGAAAAAUAUGGACGCCAGUGAAAGUGAGCCACAGGCGGGCACUGAUGGAGGAGAGGAACCUUCCAGUGGCGGGAAGAAAAAGAAGAAGAAACGGAAACGAAAAAAGAAAGAAAAGGAGGUUAUUGACAGCAUAUACUUGAGAGUCAUGUCCAAAGAAGACUGGAAGAAGUUAAGGAACAAAUAUCUCAAUGCACAAAGAGAGAACAUGAAGUUACUCAAGAUGCAACUGCAGGAGAGGUACCACCAGCCACACUUCAGGAGACACAAUGCUGGAAGGAACAUGGAGUGCGACCAGAAUCAUGACAUGGAGCAAAGCAAGGCCCAGGAAGCAGCAGUGAUAGGUGGCAGGCUGGAGAAGGACCAGAGCCUCAAGCCACAGUUUACACCUAAUUCAGUCAUAAAGAUCAGCUUUGAGGAGCCACCCCAUGAUCCCAAAAAGCUGAGGGAGACUGUUCGGGAAGGAGGGGGAAGUGGGGUGGCCUACGUGGAUGUGAGCGCCACCGAGAGGGACGUGUUUGUCAGGUUCACAUCUGAGGAGUCAGCUGGUGCAUACAAGAAGACCGGGUGUUGGAGUCGCAUGGAGGUCCUGUCUGGUGCUGAGGAGGAGGAGUACUGGAGGCGCAUUAUCUCAUGUUGGACUCAACGCAGGAAUAAGAAAAGCAAGCAGAAUGGAAAGCGGUCUCAGAGCUGCGGUGGUGAGCUGCGGGGAAGAGAGAAACUCCUUCAGAAAGCUUUCAGGGACGCUCAGAACACCAAAUGUAACUCGCAUAUUGUGUUUGACGAUUGACAGGAGUAAGUUUCCAGAUACCUUUAGCAAUAUCAAGGUAACUAAGGACAAUGUUUAUGCACUUGUAACAGCAUCAAAGUGUGUCAAGUGUAUUAGAUGUCCAGAUACCUGUAACAUCAAUGUGUAAAGUGUAUCCAGGUACUUUUAACAAUGUGGAAAGAUGCCUUCAGUAGUGUUAAGGUGCUCUGAGUGUCCAGAUGCACUUUUAACACCAUCAGUUGUCCAGCAGCAUGUGAUACCAUCAAACAUAGGGCCAUAGUCUAAGACACUUCUGCACCAUACCUUCACUACUUUCAAAAGGCUAUACUUGAAGUUACAUGAGCUUUUAAGGGUGUUUUGACAGUUCUAGUGACCAAUUAACAAGAUUUCUACAUUAUCAACAGGAGAAACACUCUUGAGAACCAACCAAAUCAUCUCAUUGGCCUUUGAAAAUAGUCAUGGUGAGAGAGCAAAGCAUUUCAGAACACAGGCCAUAAUGAUUGAUCGUCUUGCAUAUGAGUGGUUAGACUGAUUAUUAUUGCACCUCUCGUGUUGUAAAGUUAACCACGACUUUCUGAGCUCAGUGUGUAGAUGUAAAUUAUUCUUGAGUUUCUUUGUCUUGCAGCAUCUCAAAAAGUUAAUUUAGAUAUUGUUAUGAAGUUUCAUAUUCUACAUGGAAUAGGAUGGUAGGAUUUAAUGAUCUCUGAGCCAUGUGAUAAAGAAUGUGAUACAAAUUAAGGAAUUAAUGCAAGCAAUUCUUUUAUAGAGAUGCACAAUAAAUCUUUAGUAAGUA